AUGCUGACCGCCCAAUCCAAGCGAAAAAAGGUAAUGAAAUCGUUGGCGUCCGUCGCAAACCAACUCGCAAACCAACUUGCCGAACAUGAAGACUUUGGACGCCCGUCCUUCGACGCCAAAAAGGCACUGAACCGCUUUGGGACAUUGUUGGACGGCCACGUGCAAUUCAACGCUGAGUCAGCGAGGGCGUCGGGUGCAAUUCGAAACGAGGUAAUGCAAACGAAGGGUAUGCAGAAGUCUCUCGACGAUGACUUUGAAAAAGCAUCGGGCGCCGGUGGGUGUUUCAUGAAGAUCACUACUGCCAUGCAAGAGGAUGCCAAGGCAGAGCGGGAGUUGCGCAAUGAUGUGCUGGAUUUCGAAAGUAUAAGUACGACAAGGAACUCGAGGAACACCACAAAUACCGCGAAAUAG